GUUAACCUAGAGACGGGCUAAUGGCUCAUUAGUGAAAGGAUUGUGUAAGUUCAGGAAUUUUUGUGAAAGGAUUUGAAGUUCAGGUACCACUUCGAAAUUUCAGCUAAAGUUCAGGUACCAUUUGUGACCUCUUGUUCUAUAAAUCUUUCCCCAUUUCCAUAAAUCUUCUUCCCGCCCAGCGGACCAUUUUCGUCUCUCUUGAAUACUCGAAUCUCACAAAUGCAAACGCUCUUCAUUGCUCUUCAGUGCUGCCAAUGCUUCACCAUGCAGGUGAAGCAGAGGAAGAAGAGCGGCAACAAGUGGGUCUGCGUGGUGUGCAACCAGAAGCAGUCUGUGCGCAAUGUGUUCGCCGAGGGUUUCAUGGCCAGGGACGUUCGGAAAUUCGUCCAGAGCUUCAACAUGUCCCGCCAGCUAGCCGAUCAACAGAUCCAUCUUCAUCAACAGGAAGAGCCGCAAACCCUAAUUUGGGAAGGCCAGUUCCCGGGAAACGGCAACAACAGCAGCAGCAAAAAGAGAACGGAUUGGACCGAGUACCUGGAUUUCGAGGAUGGAUCAGUUGAACAAGAAGACGAACAAUCAACAGAGGAUGGAAUGGAGACUAGGAUUGUGACAGAGCUUCCCAAGGCAAUGUUUAAAAGGCCGAAGCUCAGCAGUUACAUGGCAGGUUCUGAAUCUGACUCCCAGAACCGUUUUCGGCCAGUUUUUACAAAGAGAAAUGCAAGAAAGCAAAGCUCAUCCCAGAAUAAAGAGGGAGUAUUUGGUACGGAGCAAAAGCUGAUCAAUGUUAAGUCUGCAGAUGUUGGGCCAAUGGCAAAGAGGGCUCCUGAAUGGGAAGAUGGAAAAAGCAUGCAGUUUGCCAAAUCAAACGAGUUCUUCCUAAACGGAGAGUCUAGCAAGGGGAGUCUUCUCACAACCGGAACAGCAAAGGGCGAGAUAAUAUCGAAGUGGAGUGACUACUUGACAACGGAUGAAGAUGACUGUUACUAGGAGGGCUGAGCUUUUUAUGGGCCCCAGUCGGGAAAAGAAUGUGGCUUUAUAAAGUAACCCGGAGCUGUCCUGCCUGGAGAAGGCUUGCCGGAGGUAGUGAUAAAUGAUAAUUGGGAGGACAGUUGGAUUCCAAAACCAGCUCGAUGAUCACAAGUCACAAGGUGGAUGAAGGUAUCAUCCAAAUUUCAAGAUUUUUGAGUGUGUGGCAAUUGGUUAGUGUUUUGGUUCUCCAUUUACUUGAGACAGUGUAGUAUGAGAUGCUAACUUUUGGCAGGCAGGCAGAAAUGGGUG